CUCAAUCCGUUCGGGACGUUUCCAGAUUAACGCAGAAAUUCGAUUCGUACAACUAUUAUCAACAAUACAUUACAACACAAUAAUAUCUGUUGGUCUUUUUGGUUUCUAAAGUUGUGACGAACUCUAUUUGUAAAACAAUGAAGUUUUAACAACAGGAGAGGGCUGCCGUAAGAUACUUGAACAGUAAGACGGUUGCUUGGGGUUGAAAAGUAUCUGGUUUUGUUAUGAAUUUUGGGUUAACUGUAGCCAGUAUCUUCUGACAGAAGUUAUAUGCCAAUAUGCCGAGUCGCCAAAAGAAAGUAAUAUUUUGUAUAGCUGGCUUGCUGAGUUUUGGUUGUGCUUUGAGUGUAGCGGCUGCUAUUGGAACGCAAUUUUGGGUAAAAGGAACGAUUCUUUGUAAAACUGGAGCUCAGCUCGUCAAUGCCACAGGACCAGAACUGGACAAAUUUGUUGGAGAGAUAAGCUAUGGCCUUUUCCACGGCCAGAGAGUUAAACAGUGUGGCCUGGGAGGAAGGCCCUUUCAAUUUUCAUUUUUCCCUGAUCUGUUGGAGGCAAUUCCUGCCAGCAUACAUGUCAGCGUCAUUCUAUUCUCUGCAGCAGUGAUCAUAUUUUCAUUAGUAGCUGCAGCACUUUUCAUGUAUAAUGCUUUUGGGACUCCGUAUGAGACUCUUCAUGGACCAUUAGGCCUGUACCUUUGGAACUUCAUUUCAUGUUCUUGCGGUUGCCUGGUGAUGAUGCUGUUCGCUUCAGAAGUCAAACUCCAUCGGCUUUCUGAGAAAAUUGCAAACUACAAAGAAGGGAAUUUUGUCUAUAAAACUCACAGCGAAGAAUUUGACAGAUCGUUUUGGAUUAUUUUAUUUUGCUUCACAGUGCAUUUCCUUAACAUACUCCUUAUCCGGAUAGCCGGGAUCCAGUUUCCUUUUCAGGAGUCGAAAGAGUCAGACACCAGCACUGGUGCAGCAGAUCUGAUGUAUUGACAGAGGUGAGCCUGCAGUACUGUGACAAUUACUUACCAGGCAUCAAUGGACAUGUUCUAGCGUCAUUGUUUCUAUAGUAUCUGUAAAUGAAUUGAAGGCCUCCUUGAGAUAAUAGUUGUAUACUGUAUACUACACUUGCUUAAAACUAAAGUUGCUUUUAAAAAAAAAAAAAGUUAUAGUAAUUUGAAUGCAAUUAUGAGUGAAUUUACCAUACAAUUAUGAUAAAUCUGUUUUAUUAGUUUGCUAUAGGAUUGCUCAAGACAAAAAGAGAUUUUACACUGUAUGUUAGAAGUUUUUUUUUUAAUCAUUAAAGCAAGUGGUCAAUUACAACAUUUGACCACCAGGUGACGCUAUGUGCUAUUUGUAUAAAUAUAUUGAUGUUUUGUUUUUUGUUUUUUAAUGAUAAGGCUGCCUUUAGCUAGUAUAUUUUUUAGCUAUGAAGAAUGUAAUAUAUUCCCCAAAUAUCUCAUUAUGUUUUAUUAUUUACAGCUCUAUAUAACUUGAAAUCUGUGUUAGCUUUAGCUUUCUUUAGAGCUGUGCAGUAAUUUGAUUGGAGAUAUUGGUAUUGUUCAGUUGGAGUGGCAGAAACCUUGUGCAAAAUGUGCCAAUUUGUAUGGGUAGAAUAAUGUUUUUUUGUAAGUUAAAGAAAUAAAAAGUAAAUGACUGGUAAGGAUAUAGCAACGCUGCAAUAAAUAUUGUAUUAUGUGAUUCAUAAUGUAUGAUCUAACAUAUUAAGGAGGGAUUAGAUUAAUAUAACAUGUUGUUAAGAAUGUUAAUAAGAAAAGGCUGUAUCAUUAAAUUUACUUAUGUUUUUAGUUACAAAAUAAGACCCAGUGGACCAUUUCAGUCUGACUGAUG